GCCCCCCGGCCCAGGUGCGCCUCAUUAAAAACACCCUGAAAGCAGAUUGAUUGUCCGUUUUUUUGACUGAAACCGAGGCGCCGAAGUCAGAGCAGAAAUGUCCACCAGCGGAGUCCAGCCUGCAGCCCAGAGCCCACUGCUGUCCUCCAGGAUUGGGCGCUCGUCUGCAGAAACAAAAAGUUUCUCUUUCAGCCCCUGGUCGUGUGUUUGUGCCAGGAGCAGCUGGUCCUCCUCCAUCUGGACCGGUGUUCCUGACCUGCUGCCCAGCGCCGCAGGAUGCCCCGCCCCCGAGCCGUGGCUCCUCCCCGGCUGCAGCUCGGUCUACGACAGCCUGGUCRGCACCUCGCCCCCCGUCCCCUCUCCUCCUGCUGCCAGUGGGCCCAGAGGACGGGAACGAGCCGGAACCAAGACCCGCAGGCCGUCCAUCUUGGAGCGCUGCAUCCUGAAGGUGUCCUCCAGCAGCGUGGCUGUGGGGACGGACGAUGUGGACAACAGGAGGUCUUCGUACGCUCGCUGCUACUCCCGCCUGCCGGACCCGGUCCACACCGAGACCAACGGGGCGGUUCUGAAGAGGCGCCAGAAACAGAUCCAGUACGGCAAGAACACCAGCGGCUACCAGAACUACCUGCAGCAGGUCCCCAAACACCUGAGGGACCCCAAGCUCCACCCCUCCACACCCAACAAGUACAAGAAGUACAGCCGGCGCUCCUGGGACAUGCAGGUGCGCCUGUGGAGGCGGGCCCUGCACCUGUGGGACCCUCCCAGCAGCGACCAAUCRGACGCCGUCAGCACACCUGACCCGGUGGAGCAGCUGCAGAACCAGCUGGCCCAGAUGACAUCGGACCUGUGUGAGGACGGAGACGAGCAGAGAGAGGAGCCUCCUGCAGCCUCUAGAGCCUCCUCAGAGGAGGGUCCAGGAGCCUGGACCGUCCCCCCGUCCCCGGGGGCGAGCUGCCGGACUCUCCACUCUCCUCCUGGACUGAGUCUGUCCCGCAGAGGUCAGGUGACCCCCGACGCCAACAUGGACGACUGGCUCCGCUCCCUGAUGGAGACUGACCACGCCCCCCCAGAUCUGGGUUCUGAUGACCAGCAGGUCCCGGUGUUCUCGGACCAGCUCUUCUGGAACCCGUACUGAUGGUCUGGACCUGGUCUGGACCUGGUCYGGCUCGUUGGAGGAACUCUGCCUGGCUUUAGAAUCUGAUCCUGUUUGUGGUUUUUGAGCAUCUGGAUCUUUUUAAGAUCACUGACUUCACUGACUGCAGGGACAUGUUUGUCCCUGGUCCUGGUCCUGGUCCUGGUCCUGUCCUCCUGGAGACAGAGGGACACCUGGACACUCUGCACUUCUGUUUGUCCAACACACCUGGGUCACCUGAGUCCUGCACUGAGGGGGGUCACCUGCUAGUCUUAAAAUCCUGUCACUGCAGUUCUGGUUCUGGUCUUGGGUCCACAGUCACCUUUGUCCUCUGCAGUCUGGAUCAGGCCUGUCCCCGAGUGUCCUCGUGUGUCCCCGAGUCUCGAGGACACRGCUCCUGAUCUGGGACUUGUUUUACUUUGUGCUUUAAUAAUAAAUCAAAGCUGUGAUAAAUAAAGAUUCAAAUAAAGUCUAAUAAACUCA